AUUGAACUAUGGGAUAAUUUUUAUUUCUAAGAUGGCGGCCCUACGCUCAAAAUCAAGGUCAUUUCUAGAAGCUAUUCCACGCUGUUUUUGCGGUGGCAAUUAUUUGUUAUCCACACCAAGGUAUCGUCUGUACUCAAAUUAUCAAACACAAGAGAAAAGUACGCAUUUUGGUUUUGAAGAAGUAUCAGAGCAGGAGAAAACUCAGAAAGUUUACAAGGUGUUUGAGAGUGUAGCAAGUUCAUAUGACAAAAUGAAUGAUGCCAUGAGCUUCGGGAUACACAGACUGUGGAAGGACAGGUUAAUCACUAUACUUAAUCCUCCUGCUGGAACAAAACUGUUGGAUGUUGCUGGAGGAACAGGUGACAUUGCAUUCAGAUUCCUAGACCAUGUUAACAAAAAAUCAGGAAAAAGGAAACAAAGAGGAGAAAGUAUUGACUCCCAUGUGACAGUGUGCGAUAUCAACAGAGCAAUGCUACAAGUUGGCCAACAAAGGGCUGAAAGACUCCAUCAAUCCUCAGGAAUUUCAUGGAUUGAAGGCAAUGCAGAAGAGUUACCAAUUGAUACUGCAUCAGUUGAUGCCUACACCAUAGCAUUUGGAAUCCGAAAUGUUACAAGAAUUCAUAAGGCUUUGAGUGAGGCCCACAGAGUUCUUGUUCCUGGUGGAAGAUUCCUGUGUCUGGAAUUCAGUGAAGUAAAAAAUGAGCUUAUCUCUAGUGCCUAUGAGAAAUAUUCCUUUGAUGUUAUACCAGUUAUGGGGCAGAUCAUAGCUGGAGAUUGGAAAUCUUACAAGUAUCUAGUUGAAAGCAUUAGACAAUUUCCAAAUCAGGAAGAGUUUGCAAAUUUGAUUGAAGAUGCAGGAUUUAGUUAUGUUACUCAUGAAAACUUAACCUUUGGAAUAGCAGCCAUUCACUCAGGCUUUAAAUUGUGAAUACAUUUGAAAUUUGUGAAUAAAUAUUGUGAUCUUUUAUAAUUGUUGACUUCAUUUUUUAUAACAUGACCAUCUCGAAUGAGGCAUAACUAAAUGUGAAAGAUUUUCAACAUAUGGCUUUGCAGCAGGAUUUGAUCCAAAAAAUUCAGAUGGAGAGGGUUGAAAAAAUUAUUUUUAAAAGACAAACCAUAACACAAUUGGGGCAAACUUUAAAAUAAUUUAUUAAAUCGAAACUAUAUUUGAAAUAAUAUAAAGCAAAGUCAAUUUUAAAGUCCAAAUUCUAAGCAUAGCAACUACAGAUGAACAGAAGGUUUGCAUUAAAAAAAAAA